AUGUUACGAGAACAACUAAAGAAUUUGAAAGCACAAAAGAAUAUCCAAGUUUUUGAAGAUGAUAGUUACGACAAAAUUAGUAGAAAAAAGUACAGUUUAUUCAGGAAUUUAUAUAAGAAUUUCAUUUUAUCAUCUUUACACAUAGAAUCUGUUAAACUAUGCUUUGAAAAUUUGAAAGGGUUAAAUAAAUCCUUUGAAGAAUUUGAGAAAUUAUUUUGUUUAGAAGAUGGAGAUAUGGUUGAUAGAUUAUAUAAUGAAGAUGAAAAAGGAAAUAAUGAGAUAUAUUUAAAACAUCGUGAAUUUUUAACAAAAGAAGAAAAUAAAUAUAUAUUUGAAAAGAUAAAGUUAUUUUUAAAAUUAUGUUCUUUGUAUUGUGAUAGAAAAGAAAUAAAAAUUUUGCUUGAAUUUUUAAUAUAUAAAUAUGAUAUAAAUGUAAAAUGUAGUCAAGAUAUAUUAUUAUGUUUAUUACCUAUCUUAUUUAAUAAAAUCAAUUUAAAAAAUAUAUUAGAAAUAUUAUAUAUACAAAAAGAUUGUGUGUUUGUAUUUUUUAAUAAUUGUAGACACGAUGAUUUAGUAGAAUAUAUAGAUAAAGCAAUAUUAAUACAAAAUAUUAAAAAGAAUAUUAAUAUAUAUAAAAUUAUUUUUAAUUAUAUUAUAGAUUUAAUAGGUUGUAUACAUAUGAUUCAAGAUAUAGAAAUAUAUAUGACAUAUAUAAAUUUUUUUAUAUCCAUAUCAGAAGAUAUUAUACAUAGUUAUAUUAACAUUCCAAUAUCUUUAAUGGAAUUUUAUUUUAAUAUAUUAUUAUCAAUAAUAAAAAUAGGGAAGCAUGCAUUUCAUAUGUUUAAUGAAAAUAGAGUUAUGAAAAAAAAAAUGAAUAUAACACAAAAUAAUAAUCCUAUGUCAGAUAAUAUAUAUAUAAAUCAAAUAAAUAUAUCUUCUAAAUUUUUAGAUAAAUUUAUUAAAUUAUUUGAAAUGGCUAUACAAAAAAAAUCAAAAGAAAUAACCAAUUUUCAUGUUUUAAAAAAUAAUAUCCUUACCAUCUUUGAAAAGGAAUUUAUAGUAAUGCAUGAUAUGGUGAUAACAAAUACCUCUUGUUCUGAUUUUAUAAAAUCAUUAAUUCUUUUGUUGAAUAUUAUAUAUAAGUAUAGUUAUAAUAUUCAUUUUGAUAAUUAUAUUAAUACAAAACAAAUCAAAUAUAUAUCGGAAGAAUAUGAAGAACAUGAAAUAGUACAACGAAGUUCUGAGAAAAACGGAUCAAAUAUGAUAGAAAAUAUACAAAAUGAUUUUCAUACAACAAAUGGUUUAAAUGAUUGCAUUAUAGCAAACAAAUAUAUUAAUAUACAACAAAAUCGAACGAAACGAUCUGGUGAAAUAAUAAAUUCGAUGAAGGACAAUGUAGAUAAGAAUACAAAUUAUAUUAUAGAUCUUAUCCAUUUUGUUAAAGAUAAUAAAUAUAAUUUAUUUGAUAAUGAAAUAAAUAAUAUUUUACAAAAGGAAGAAAUGAUAUUAAAUUUUGUUAACCUUUUUUGUGAUGUUAAGAAUGUAUACGAAAUUACAGAUAAUUUAAUAAAAAUAAUUUUUAUAAAGUGUUAUUAUUUAAAAAUAAAUAUAUCUAAUUUAGAAUAUAUUUUUUAUAAUAUUCCAUUCAAAAAAAAUAAUAAAAAUGAUAUCUUCAAUAUAAUUUUAAUAAUUAAUUUAAUAUCAUACUAUAUAUUUCUUAUAAAAAAAGAACAUGAACAAGAUGAAAAAAAUAAGGACAAACAAUUUAUGCCAUCUGAGCAUAAUGAAGUAAAAACUAUAAAAGAUGAAUUAAAGCCAAAUACAAAUUUUAUACAAAGGUUGAUAAAAAAAUGUGUACAUAAUAAUAAUAGUAAUAAUAAUAAUAAUUUAUAUGUGAAUAAAAUAAUUAAUCCUAAUCAUUUCUUUGAUAUUAUAAAAUAUUAUAUGAAUGAAAAUAAUGAAUUAUUUAAAAAAAAAAUUAUCUUUUUUGAAACAUAUAGUAAAAUAGAUCAGGGAUUAAUAUUAUUGCUUAAUGUAGGUAAGAACAAAAUGAAUCAUAUACCUUUAUACAAUAUUUUAUAUAAAUCAUUAGACGUCGACACAACAUAUCCAUAUUUAAUAAAUGAAGUGCUAAGAAAUAUUAAGUUUAUAUAUGAUUAUAAAAUGAAAGUAACAAAAAUGAAUGCUCUUAUAGAGCCUGCGGUACUCUCAAAUGAUAUUCCUACAGACCAUAUGAACAACAACAAUAAUGAUAAUAAUAAUAAUAAUAUCAAUAAUAAUAAUAUCAAUAAUAAUAAUAUCAAUAAUAAUAAUAACAAUAAUAAUAACAAUAAUAAUAAUAUUCAUAGUAAUAAUGAUGCUUGUUUAGAUGAAAAAUACGAACAAAUGAGAAAGGAAUACUUAACCUUAGGACUAAUAAACAAAGGUAAACAAUUCCUAAAAUCAAAAAAACAUAUAGAAAGUUUAUACAACAAAGUAAUAUUCCUAUUAAAAGAAAAUAGAAUUGAAUUUAUUGAUAAUUUAAAAUACUAUGAAAAAGAGUUAUUAUAUUUCUUUCCAUCCAAGAAAUAUAUGUAUAAAAUUUUAUUUAAAUCAUUCAAAAAAUUAAAAUUAGAAAAAUUUAUUCAAAUAGAUAAAGAGAGAAAUACCCUGUUUUUAAAAUUCUAUAUAAAAGUAUUUAUGGUAAAAAUGAAAAAAUUGCAAGAGAAGUAUAAAAAAGAUUUAAUGGAAGAUAAAUUUUUUAGAAAAUUUAUUAAUUUUAACUUUUCCUUUUUUUUUAUUAUUUAUGAUUAUAUAACAAAUAGUAAAUCUUAUCCAGAACAUUCCUACUUUUCUAGGUAUAUUGCUUCAGAAAAUUUUAAAUUAAUCAAAAAGUUCUUUUUAUAUUUAUCUAAAUUAAGAAAUAUAGAAUAUCAAUCAUUUGAAGAGUUUUUUCAGAAAGAAAUAAAAGAUCAUCGUUUAAACAAUAUUAAAAUUAUUAUAAAAUAUAGUAAUCCAUUUAAAUCACUAUUUUUAUAUAGAAUCAUAAAUUAUUUUACAAUGGUUGAUUUGUAUAAAGUGAAAGGCAUUACGUUUAUAAAUACAGAUCAAAAUGGUAAUAUAUUUAAAAUUAAUGCAAGCAAUAAUAGUAAUAAUAAUAAUAAUAAUAAUAAUAAUAAUUAUAAUAUUUUAACAAUAGAAGGACAAAAUGAGUUACCAUUACUUAAUAAUACAAAUAAAAAUUAUAAUAAUAAGAAUGAAAUUUUUGCUAUUGAAAAUAUAGAAAACAAUUUAAAUCAAAAUAAGAAAGAGUCAGAAAAUAUUACAUAUGAUGAAAUAAUGAUAAGAAAAAAAGAAUUAAAAAUAUUUUUAAUGAAAGUAUUCAAAAUAUUAUUAAAUAAUAUAAAUGAUACAAUUUCUAUCAAAUCAGAUAUGGAAAAUGCUAAUUUAUAUAUGAAUAUAUUAAAAGCAUAUCAAAAAAAUAUUUUAUUAUUUGUAAAUUAUGAUAUCUCCUUAACAACUUAUUUAUAUUAUAAAUAUUUGAAUAUAUUUUAUGUAAGUAAUACAUAUUCUGUUUUUAUUUUAGACACAUUAAAUUACUACUUCUUUCUUUACAGAACAAAUCAUUAUAAAAAAUUAAUAGGAGAUAAUAAUAUAUGUUCAGCUAUUGUAUUCGAAUUAUAUAAACUUUUGUUGAAAGAUGAGAACACAAAAAUAGAUAAAAAAGAAUUUUAUCAAUUUAUUAUUACAUCUAUAUUGUUGCAUAGCAUACCAGAUAAAAGUACUAUUAAUCGUGUAGCAUAUAUGUGGAAAUAUUUACAUAGAAAAUUAAGAUCAAAACCAUUUAUGAUGGAAUAUGAUAUUAUGAAUCAACUCUUCUUACAAAAAAAAACUAUAAACGAUUUAGGAAAUUUUGUUUUUGUAAAUGAAAACCAAAACACAUUUGAUGUAGAAAUAAAUAAUACAACGGAAAAGCAACAUAUUAAAAAGGAUAAUAUAAUAAUAAAUAAUGUAGACCUUCACCAUACUGAUUAUAAUACUUCUAAUAAUAUAAAUUCAGAAGAACUACAUAUUAAUUUUAAUGAAUAUGAUUUUAUAAAAUCUUGUAAUGACUAUCAUUUUGAUUAUAGAUGUUUUGUUGUUUCGGCAAAAAAUGUACCCACACGAAAUAAUGUAUAUAAAGAAGUAAUGAAAUAUUAUUUAUUUAUUUUUUCCUAUUUUAAUAAACAUUUCUUUGACAUAUUUAUAUCCAACUUUUAUAUUUUUCAAUUACAAAAAUGUAUAUUAUACGAAUUUCUCAAUUCAAAUAUAAUCCUAAUAUUUUUAAAAAGAAUCAUGAGACGUAAAUCUUAUCCUUAUAAAAUUACACAAAUAUAUAAAUCAGUAUUAUCUAGAAAUCUUGAUAAAAUAAUUAAACAAGAACAUAUAUAUCUUUUCUUACAUUUGAUUGAUUAUUAUAUUAAUGUAUUAGAAAAUAAUUUUUCUAAAAAAAAAAAAAAAAAAAAAACAGAAAAAAAAAAAAAAAACAUAUCUAUAAACUCAGAUAUACAAAAACGAAAUCACACUAUUAAUCAUACAAAUGAGAAAGUUUGUAAGGACAAAGAGGAUAAUAAUAUAAUUCCUAUAACUAAUAAUAAUAUUCCAUUAAAUGAUGAAAAGGAAAAAAAAUAUAUUAAUCAAAAAUUAUUUCGAACAGUACAUUCUAUUAAUAUGGAUAUAUAUUUAACAAAAUUAAGAAAUGAAUUGAAUAAUAAAAAAAUUCCCAAAAUUAAAUAUACGAAUUUAUUAAAUGAAGAAUAUGACGAAAACAUGUUUUUUGAUAGUUUAAAAGGUUUUUUUAAAUAUCAUCAAAAUUUAUUUGAAGAUAUAUAUUUCAUUAAAGAAAAUGAUAUUAAACAUAUAUGUGAAUUAAUUAUUAAUAUUAUAAUAAAUUCAAAAUGUUAUUUAUUCUUAAUCCAAUUAUUAUGUAUUAAAAAUUUUUCAAUAAGUUCUUUAUAUAAAAAAAACGUAUUACAAGCAGUAGAAGACUUAGAAAUUACAAAUAUGGUAUUUUUCAAAAAAUUGUUUUUAAAUAAAAAAACACAAAAUUAUAAUUCCCUUUUAUUAAUGUGUAAAAAUGUAAAGAAUCUUAAGGAAAAAAACAAAAUUAUAUUAUUUAUUGAAAAACAAAUGGAUAAAAAAAAUAAUUAUACAAAUUAUAAUAAAAUUAUUAAAAUACUUCAUAUAUUAUCAGAAACAACUGAUGAUACGAAUCAACACAAUACUACAUUAUAUCAUGAAUAUGUUAAUACACAUAUAAGUAUAUUUAAAAAAAUAUCCUAUUAUUUAAAUAUUUGUGAUAGUAUAUUUAUAAAAUUAAUUAAAUAUAUAACUAAUAUAAGUACACUUAUAUAUCAAAGUACAUAUCUUAUAGCAUAUCAUUUUUCUUUACAUAAAAAUAAUUUCUUUUCAAAUAUUGUAAACUUUUUUCAAAAAAAUCUAAAUUAUUUAUAUGAAAAUAUAUUUUUACAUCUAGAACCCUUAUCAAGAAUUUUGGACAAAAUUAUAAAGAAGAAAAUAUAUUUGUAUGUUAUAUAUGAGAAAAAACAAAUGUAUACUGAUUAUUCUAAUAGUAAAAAAAGGAAAGGUAAUCAUGAUGUUAUAAAAGAAAAUAAAUUAUUGGACCAAUUAAAAGGUAAUCAUAUUCAUGAUAAUAAUGAUGAUGUAUCUAUUGUUAAGGAAAAUGAUGAUAAUUCUGAUCAUUUGGAUACUCCAGUAGAACAAGCAAAAAAAAGGAAAUUACAAAAUAAUAAUAAUAAAAAUAAUUGUGAUGAUAAUAAUAAAAAUAAUUGUGAUGAUAAUAAUAAAAAUAAUUGUGAUAAUGGUAUAUCCAUGUAUGAGCAUAAUUCUUAUAACAUUUCAGUAGAUCAAAAAAACAUAAAUUUUGAUAAUCAUAAUAAAAUAUAUGAUCACAUGAUAAAUAAUAACUCCAAGAAUUCAUUUAACGAAAAUAACUUUAUGAAUUAUUAUCAUCUACACAUUUUUGCAUUUAUAUGUACAACUAUUAAUACAAUAUUCAAGAAUGAAGUUGAUAUUAAAAAGUUUACUGUUUUAACAAAUAAUAUAAUAUUCCUAUUUAAUAAAUGUUAUAGUUCCUAUGUGGUUGCUAUAUGUCUUAUAAAUUUAAUUAUAAAAAUACCAUUAGACAAAUUAUAUGAUUGCAAAAAUUAUAUACUAGAAAUAUUUAAUAUAUAUAAUUAUGAUGAUGUUGACUAUUGUAUUAAUAAUCAAUUAUUGCUGUUAUUAGCUUUAUAUUUAUGUCCAGAGAAUUAUAAAAAAAAUAUCCUUGUAGAGGAACUAAAAACAGAGCAAGAACAGAAUAUUGAUAAUCAUACGAAAUAUAAUAAUAAUAUGCAAAUAUCUUAUAAUGAAAAUAAUAAAAAUCUAGUAUAUCCAUAUUAUGUCUAUUCCAAAUUAAAAUAUAUCAAACCACAUUUAAAAAAAGUAACCAAUAUUCAUAACUUAUGUUUAAAACUCAUUUCAUUAAUAUCCAUAAUUCAUAAUGUGAAUGAAAAGGCUAUUAAAUCUAUUUCUUACUUUAUUUAUUUUUCAACAUUUCAAAAUUUUAUAUUAUGUUUAACCCUUGCUCAAGACAAAUUAAUUAGUAGAAAACUUAAUUUAUUGUACAAAAAAUUCUCGUUUCAAAAUACAGAUACAUUUGUGUUAACCCAUAUAUUAAAUAAUUUUAAGAUAGAGUAUGAUUUAAAUACGCAGGGGAAAAUCAAUAAUGAUCAGAUUGAAGAUAACAUAAACACAUUACAACAUUAUAAUACUUAUUAUGAAAAAAAAAAUGCAAUAAAUAAUCAAAUGCAAAAAUUAAUGAAAACAGAUCAAGCUGAUAUCGAAAAAUAUAGUUAUAUAAAUCUAUCAAAAUUUGAAAACAGCUAUUUGUACAAAUUCCUUUUUCAUUUAAACAAAUUGAAAGAUUAUAUGAAAUUUAAUGAUGGAUUUCAGAAAUAUAAAAAAUUUAAACAAGAUAAAAAUAAUAAUGAAAAUAGAUCCAACGCCUCCUGUGAUGAUAUAUUAGAGGAUAAAUAUUUUGUGUAUGAUAUAUUUUGUGAUAUAUUAAAUUGCGAACCUGAUAAAAGUAUUCAAUUAUUUAAGAGAAAUGUGUUUCUUUUUUAUGAACGUUUAAUGGAUAAAUUAUAUCAUUUAAAUUUUGCAACUAAUAAAAAUUUAUUAAAAGAAAUUAUAAUCUUUAUUAAUCAAAAAUUAAAUAAAGAAAUGGAUUGUAAAUAUAUAUUCGAUGCUGUCAUGUAUUCUUUAUGUAAUAAGAAAGAAAUAAUGAUUUCUCCAUUAAAUGAAUUAUAUAUAAAUAAUAUAUUUAAUAAAUCAUUAUUUAAUAUUAAAUUGGAUGAUUCUAUGAAAAUAUUUAUUAUCUCCAAAAUAAAUCAAAUGUUAACAAAACUAUUUAAUCAGUAUUAUCAAGUUGGUAAAUACGAAAGAAAUAAAAUAAAUAAAUUCGACAAAAAUAAUAAUUAUUCACAGAAAAAUGUUACACAUAUGGAAGCUAAUCAAAAUGAUGAUAAUAAGAAGAAACAUGUUGAACAAGAAGAAAACAGCUCAUUAAAUAAUAGUAAUAAUAAUAAUAAUAAUAAUAAUAAUAAUAUUAAUAGUAGUAGUAGUAGUAGUAGGACGAGGAAACAACAUAAUGUGGAGCUUAAAACAAACCAACACAAGGUAUAUGAAGAAAUCGAUAUUAUAUAUGAAGAAUAUAAAAAAUAUAAUGAACAAUUUGGAUCAGACAUUUUAAUAGAAUCAGUUAAUCAAAAGGAUACAACUAUGAAUAAUACAUUUGAUCAUGAUAUAUAUAUAUCCGAUAUUAAUUCUAUAGAUUCAGACUACAAUUUCGAUGAAGGAGAUGAUUCAUAUAAUUCCAAAUCAAAAGAUCAAUCCAUUGAUAUGGUAAAUUUAAAUAAUAGAGAUAUAAUAAAUUUACACAAUAAUAAUCACACGUUAGAUACAUUAAAUAAUAUUAAUGAUUUAUGUACUGUAGAUAAUAUGGUAAAUAUAUUUAAUGAUGAAGAAAUAAAGAAUAUAAAAUUUAUUAAUAAAAUGAAAGAUUUAAAAAAAUUGUUUGGUAUAGAUAGCUAUUAUAUGAAUAAUAUACUAAAAUGCAUAGCUACGUUAUUAAUUAAUUUCCCCAUUAUUACAAAAAAUAAAAUGAUUGAAUUAUUUCAUGUAAUGUUUUUAAAUAAUAAAAAGUAUAUAUUAAUAAGUACAAAGAAUUUAUUGGUAGAAUAUUUUUAUAGUUUAAGUAAUGAGAAAAAAAUAAAUAAUUUAAGAAAGAUUAUUACAAAUCCUUUAAAGAAAUUAGAUUAUAAUCAUUUAUUUUUUAUCUUUUCAAAUAAUCAUAUGAAUAUUUGUUUAAAACAUUUAAUAAAGUAUUACCAAAAACAAAAAAAAAUAUAUUUUUUCAAAAAUAAUGAUGAUACAAAAUAUGAUUAUAAUGGAUCAGUUAUUAUGAAUAAUUGUUUAUUUUAUUAUCAACAUCUUAUAGUAUAUGAAAAUUUAUUCCAAAUAACUAAAAAGAAGGGUAAGUUGGGUUUUAAUUUCCUUUUUGCAUUAAUAAAAAAUUAUAUUAAAAAUUGCAAGGCACAUAUAACAGAUUUAUAUAAUAAACAUAAACAAAAUAUAAAAUAUUUAAAUAGUGAAGAAUUUCAUUGUUAUGGUGAGAACAUAUAUAAUAUAAACAGUUUAACAGUUGAUUUAAGGGCAGAAGAACAAAAUAUUGUAACAUCUUUAUUAUAUACAUCCACAAAAAUGAAAGUGAGUUCAUUAAGUAAAUUAUUUGAUAAUUUAAUAUCAUGUUUUGAAAAUAAGAUAUUCGAAAGCACAUCAUCAAAUAUAUUAGAUAACUAUAAAAGUACAUAUGAAAAAAGAAUAUACUAUAUAUUCUUUUAUAGGCUUUAUAAAAAUUUCGGUUCUGUGUUAAAUAGUAGUAAUAAAUAUUUGUAUGAUCUAUUAAAUAAUAUUAAAUUUACAUUAAUAUCUUGUCAAAAAAAUAGUCAAGAUAUUUUCCAGGUUGGUAAAAAUCAUACGUAUAAUAAAUAUAUGCAAAAUGGACAAGUGGAAAAAAUAAAAAAUAAAUUAGGAGAUCAAUUUGAUGAUAAUACAUAUUAUGAUAACAUCAAUGAAACAUUGUUAAAUAAAAACAAUGAAGAAUUACAAGACAGGGUUGAAGAAAAAGGAUUAAUAUUAAAUAACAAAGACAAAAAUAAUAAUAAUAAUAAUAAUAAUAAUAAUAAUUUAAAAAGUAAGUGGUAUUGGUUCGAUUUAGGUUAUCCUACAUUAAUGUGUUUAUAUGAAAUAUUAAAAAGUGAAAAAAAUAAUCAAACAAAUAUGAAUCCAAUAUUUUUCAAUACAUGUUUUGACGAUGUCCUUAAUUAUUUUAAUAUAUUUCAAUACCUACCUAGAAUUCAUAUAAAUGAUCAAUUCGAAAAUAAUGUAAAUGAAAAAAUUCUUACGAAUAGUGAACAUUUUGAUAUGAAAAUGGUAUCUAUUAUUUUAUUAGAUAUGUUAAAACUAAUAUUGUGUAGAUAUUAUAUCUUAUAUUUAAAUGACCCAGAAAAAAUUCAAAUUAUGACAAUGAGACUUUCACUAAAAAAUUCAGAUAAUCAUAUUAAUAGUUAUAAUAUUACUAUAUGUAUUAUUUUAACACUCAAAUAUAUUUAUGAAAAUAUUGGUUAUAACCAACUAUUAUUUUCCGUAAAAGAUUUGUAUCAAAUAUUUUCAGAACUUAAUAACCAUCCGGAUGAUGAAAUAGAAUAUAUAUCCAAACAGUGGUUUAAUACAAUAAGGAAAAAUUCAGAAGUAGGAAAUAUUUAA